AUGGCUUCGCCUGCCGCUCCAAAAACUCUCUCUCUUCCCAACCUCCAAGCGUACUUGGAGGGGCUCGGGAUGCCGACUCCUGUUCCGACCUUCCCUGCUGCGGAUCCGGUCCACAACCCCAACGAUAUUUAUCGUUCUUUCAUCGCAGCUGCGCUUGAGAACUUGAUCGAUUGCGACCGAGCUCUGGUCUAUGAAUCCUUGCAGCUUACCUCCACUCCGUCCAAGGGAGACCUCGUACUUGUUGUGCCGCGGCUGAGGCUGAAGGAUGCCAAGGCGAAUGAACUGGCAGCCGAGCUGGCUUCCGAGUUUCCGGUGCUCCCCCUGGUCAACCCACCGUUGGCUCGGGAUAGCUUUCUUCAGUUCUUCUAUUCGCCGAAGAUCCUGCCCCGAGUGAUCCUUCCUUUCAUCCACGAGCGCCGUGCAUCAUACGGCAGGAGGACGACUUCUGAGCAAAAGAAGAAGAGAGCCAUUGUCGAGUUUUCGUCGCCCAACAUUGCCAAGGAGUUCCACGCCGGGCACCUUCGAAGCACCAUCAUCGGUGCGUUCAUUGCUAAUCUUUACGAGACCAUGGGUUGGGAUGUGGUGAGGAUCAACUACCUCGGCGAUUGGGGCAAGCAAUUCGGAUUAUUGGCAGUUGGUUGGGAGAGGUACGGCUCGGAGGAGUUGUUGAAGGCCCAGCCCCUGAAGCAUCUCCUCGACGUGUACGUCAGGAUCAACGCCGAAUUCAAACCCGAGGAGGCCGCCAGCAAGCAGGCGCGGGACGAAGGCCGGGACACAGCGGAGAUCGAAUCUCGAGGCCUCUUUGCCGAGCGGAACGCUUUCUUCAAGCGCAUGGAAGAUGGCGACCCCGGAGCUCUUGCCUUGUGGAAGCGAUUCCGCGACAUCAGCAUUGAGCGAUACAUCGACAUAUAUGCUCGGCUUGGCAUUACGUUCGACGUCUAUACCGGAGAAUCGCAAGUGAAUCCUGCGACGGUGGCCGAGGCCGAGUCGAUACUGAAGGAACGAGGCGUCUGCGAACCGGACAAAGGAUCCUGGAUCAUCGACUUCUCGAAACACGGAGCGAAGCACCUGGGGACUGCGAUCCUGCGCGGACGAACGGGAACGACAACCUACCUGCUGAGGGACGUGGCGGCAAUCCUAGAUCGGGCGAAGCAGUAUUCGUUCGACGAGAUGCUCUACGUCGUCUCUUCGGAGCAGGACUCGUACUUCCAGCGCGUCUUCAAAACGGUCCAGCUGAUGGGGUAUCCGGAUCUGGCAGCCAAGCUGAAGCACGUCAACUUCGGCAAGGUCAUGGGCAUGUCCACGCGGCUGGGCAAGGUGGAGCUGCUGAGCGACAUCCUCGACAAGUGCGCGAGCGCGAUGCACGACGUCAUGCGGACAAACGCCGUCAAGUACGCCCAGGUCAGCGACCCCGACGCCGUCGCCGACACGAUUGGGAUCACGGCCGUGAUGGUCCAGGACAUGUCCGGCAAGCGCAUCAACAACUACCCCUUUGAUAUCACCCGCAUGACGUCGUUCGAAGGCGACGCCGGGCCCUACUUGCAGUAUUGCCACGCUCGGCUUGCCUCCAUCUCCAGGAAGGCCAAGCAAGCUGGUAUCGAUCCUGGCGAUGGCGGCGAUAUCGACUACUCGUACCUCGAGGAUGACCAUUCCGCCGCCCUGCUUCGACUCAUGGCGCAGUACCCCGAUGUUGUCGGCACCGCGUUCAAGAACCUGGAGCCGUCCACGAUCUUGACGUAUCUGUUCCGUCUCGCCCAUCAGCUCUCGUCAAGUUACGACGUGCUUCAAGUUGUCGGGGCCCCGGAAGGACAUGGGGCGGCUCUCGCGCGGGCGGCAUUAUACGAGAACGCACGUCAGGUCCUCGGCAACGGAAUGCGACUGCUUGGUAUCAAGCCUGUUGACAGGCAAGUUCCCCCUCAAUCUGUUUUUCCGCACUCAGUGUUCCCUUCUCGUCAAAGUGCUGACGCAAAAUCUAGGAUGUGA